AUGGUGGACUGGAACGAUCCUGACCUCGAAGCAAAAUUGGGGAUGCUCUCAGUACAAUUGUUGUAUGCCAUCCUUGGUUUAUACGGCUGGGAGUAUAUACGCUCCUCACACGUGGAGAUAGCACUACUUCGGAGGCAGCUUCCAUUUCGAUGGCCUUUGCUCUCGUACAUAACCGCCAGAUUCAGCUUCUUGAUUGCAAUCAUUUUACAUGCGGUGCAAUCUAGUCCCUUCUACACAGGCGUUGAUUGUCAGAGUGAGUGUUUUUUCUGUACAAACGUCGCCAUCGGCUGCUCCACAACAAACUUAAUGAUCAGAACGUGGCUGAUUUGGAAGACCAAUUACCUGCUGUGUCUUUUGCUAAUCCUCUUAUCACUAGGUCAUUGGACAGUGCUCACUCUUUUGGUCAUAUAUGGUACGCAUGUCGCAUUUAUGAUCAAUGGAUACGUGAUAAUGAAUACCUCGAGUGUAGUCAUGUUAUAUGAUUUGGCACUUUUGGUCUUUACCGUUAUUGGACUUUUGAGGAUGCCAUCGUCUUCUACGCUAUGGAAGACGCUCGUGAAACAAGGGGUGGUAUAUUUCAUCAUCAAUUUUCUAGCGAACCUUAUCCUACUGGUCCUGAAUCGAUUGAACCUGAAUCUUAUUAUGAAUGUUAUUUUCGGAACGCCUGGUAUGUGCCCAUGCACGAUUGCAUCUAACCAAGUAGUCCUCUCGCUUCUCCGUCCUUCAUCCAAUUAUGAAAGCGACAGCACCUCGUCGGCUAAAGUGCAUCCUCUGACGACUGACUUCGCCGUCGCGGCGCCAUGGUAAAAGUUCUUUGUUUGAGAUGCGUGUACGGUGGUUCA